UCGAAAAAAAUGAACAUUGAGGCUGUAAUUUACAAAAGUGUUAAAGACUUUAAAGGUGUAAAAUUAUUCAAUUUAUUAAAUGAUAUUGUUUUUAUUAGGUUUUUUUUCAAAUCAACAAAACUAUGAUCUCUGACCUUGACUCUUUCUGAUGCAGGAAUUGAUUUGCAGGAUAUUAGCUUAGAUAAGAGAUCUGUAAAGAGGAAUUCUAAACAAAGAUCAGAUUUUUUAUUUUAUUUUUUUUGUGGUUGAAUCAGCUGCUGCACCAAAACUUGAACUAUGUUCUGCUGUGGAGGUGCAGAAGAGGAAAACGCCGGGCCGCCUGCUAACCAAAACACAGCACCUCCUAGGGGGAACAAUCCUGUUGGUGGUGGGGAUAGAGGAGAGCCAAAAGCGGGUAAUGCAGCAAGAAGCGGUGCGCCAGUAAAAGCCUUGCCGAUAGAAUUGCCAGCUUUGUCAUUGGAUGAAUUGAACAAAUUAACUAACAACUUCAGUCAGAAGACAUUGGUGGGAGAAGGUUCUUAUGGACGCGUUUUUCAUGCAAAGUUAAGCAGUGGCGAAGAGGCGGCUAUAAAGAAAUUGGAUACCAGUUCUGCACAGGAUUCUGAUGCUGAAUUUGCAAAUCAGGUUUCGAUCGUUUCAAGGCUAAAGCACGAGCAUUUUACAGAGCUUAUAGGUUAUUGUUUGGAGCAAAAUAACAGAAUAUUGGUUUAUCAAUUUGCAACAAUGGGUUCUUUACAUGAUGUAUUGCAUGGAAGGAAAGGCGUACAAGGAGCAGCACCAGGACCUGCUCUAACAUGGGCACAAAGAGUUAAAAUUGCGUUUGGGGCUGCAAAAGGUCUAGAAUAUCUACACGAAAAAGUGCAGCCAUCUAUUGUUCACCGUGAUGUUAGAUCUAGCAAUGUCCUAUUGUUUGAUGACUUCAUGUCAAAAAUAGCAGACUUCAACCUGACGAGUGCAUCUUCCGACACAGCAGCUCGCUUGCACUCGACUAGAGUCUUGGGAACAUUUGGCUACCAUGCUCCUGAGUAUGCCAUGACCGGGCAGAUAACUCAAAAAAGUGAUGUAUAUAGUUUCGGUGUGGUUCUUCUAGAGCUUUUGACUGGAAGAAAGCCGGUAGAUCAUACCAUGCCCAAAGGGCAACAAAGUCUGGUUACUUGGGCAACUCCCCGAUUGAGUGAAGAUAAAGUAAAACAAUGUGUUGAUCCCAAGCUUAAUGACAAUUAUCCAGCAAAGGCAGUGGCCAAGAUGGCAGCAGUAGCAGCAUUAUGUGUUCAAUACGAAGCCGACUUUAGGCCUAACAUGACAAUUGUGGUCAAGGCUUUGCAGCCUCUUCUGAAUGCUGCUAACAAACCAGCAGGCCCGGAUGCACAAGCGUAAUACAGAU